UAGAGAGAUUAGAGAGUAGAGUAAAAAAAAAAAUGGUUUCAUUUGCUUCUGCAAUUUUUGGUGUGUGGUUGUUAGUAUUCUUGAGCAUAGCUAAUGCCCAAUAUUAUCAUUCACCAUUGAAGUACUUCAAUGUCAAGGAUUAUGGUGCAGUUGCUGAUGAGAAGAGAGAUAAUAGUCAGGCAUUUCUGAAGGCAUGGGAUGAUGCUUGUCAAUGGAGAGGAAAUAGUGUGGUUUAUAUUCCAUAUGGAACUUACAAGUUGGGUACAGUUUCAUUUGAGGGUCCAUGCAGGGGAUUCAUGAGAUUUGUAAUAAAAGGGGUAUUAAAAGCUCCCACUCAUCCAUCUUUGUUCAAUACAAACACCUGGAUUGCUUUUCGUUACAUAGAUGGGCUAGUUGUUAAAGGUGGUGGUUAUUUGGAUGGGCAAGGUGCUGCUGCUUGGCCUUACAAUGAUUGUUCCAAAAAUCCCCAAUGCAUGCCUCUUCCUGUGACAAUGAGAUUUGACUUCGUGACAAAUUCAAGAAUCCAUCAUUUGAGAUCAAUCAACAGCAAGAACUCCCACAUCAACCUCUUUGCCUGCAACAACAUAAACAUAAGUUUCGUACGAUUGACAGCUCCAGCCGAUAGCCCAAAUACCGACGGCAUUCACAUCGGACUUUCAACCAACAUUAAAAUUUCAAGAACUGUCAUUCAGACCGGCGAUGACUGUAUUUCCAUGGUUAAUGGAAGUCAAAACAUCACCAUUUCCGAUGUUACUUGUGGACCUGGUCAUGGGAUUAGCAUAGGUAGCCUAGGAAAAUCUCCUGGAGAAUUUGUUACAGGGAUAAAUGUGAGAAAUUGCACGUUUAUCGGUACUCAAAAUGGUGCAAGGAUCAAAACUUGGGCACCUUCUUUGUCAAGUCAGGCUUCUGAUAUAUUUUUUGGUGACAUUUACAUGGAAAAUGUCCAUAAUCCAAUCCUAAUUGAUCAACAAUAUUGCCUUCCUUCUUGCAGCAACCAGCUGGGACAGGACAAUUCCAAAGUACAAAUAAGCAAUGUGACAUUCAGUAAUAUAUGGGGAAUAUCUAGUUCAAAAGUCGCAAUCACCUUAAAAUGUAGCAAAUUGGUGCCCUGUAAGAAUGUGCAGCUUAACAAUAUCAACUUGGUGUACCAUGGACGAGGAGGACCAGCUGAGUCUUCGUGCUUAAACGUGAUUGGUGCUUCGUAUGGAAGACAAUCUCCUCCUAGUUGUUUAUGAUCGAAUUCGUUUUAAUUUUCCUCAAUUUGUUCCAAGGUUGUUCCGUUGGUGUACUAGGCUAAAAAAUAAACUCAGGAUGUAUAAACUAGUUACUGUUUAGGAUAAAAUCUAUGUACUUGUAAACAAGUACUUAGUAGUGCUUCGUGUUGGUGAGUUUUUAAAGUCGGUAGUUGUAUUAUUCCAUAUAGGAAGUUCAGAGAGAAACAAAAUUCUGCUUUCUCAAAAAAUAUUUCUGUUUAUUUCAUAUUUGGAUGCA